ACGGAGGAGCGGUCCUAGAGCCCACAGGCAGUUUGUAAUGAACAUUAUAGAUCAGGAGCGGCCCACUUUAUGAAAAUACAGAGCGGCCCCUAGGGCAAAUGCCCGAAUAAACAGAUGAUAAAGUUGUGCUCAGACUACACUAAAAAAUGGAAUUUAUUCUUGCAUUAACUUUGGCAAUGUACGGGACAAUUGGCAUAUUCUAUUAUUUUAAAAAGAAGCAGUCGGAAUUUGAUAAACUUGGAGACCUGAUUGAGUUCGACCGAGGUGACAACAAACUCUGGGGAGUCUAUGUCGGAUUUGGCAUAGUUGUGUAUCGAGAUAAAGAUGGAGUAGUGACUAUAGAUCACAUUAGAAACAUUGCAGGCUCCGGGACCUUUAAAGUCAAUAAUAAAUUUGAUGAGAAACUGAAACCUCGCUCUGGUGAGUUAGUGGCAAAGAAGGCAUGGAAUCAGCUUAGUGUCAAAUCUGCAGAAGAAAAUGAUGAACUAUUUGUUACACGACUGAGAUAUGGAAUUGCUUGUUCAGAUGAGAAUCCGCCUCCUGAUGCCGGAGAGAUACUUCGUUUUUCAUUCCACAACCAGGAGCACUGGGGUAUUUAUAUAGGAGACAGAGAUGUGAUCUAUCUCAACAGAGAAACAGCUUAUGUACAGCAGAUCGAUCUAGACUAUUUGAAGGACAUCAGAAUAAUUAGGAAAUAUGAUCAUAAGUUAAAGCCUAAAAAGCAAGACAACAUCACGAUGGAAGCUAAAAAAAGAGUUGGGGAGAAGAUGACUUGGGGGGAGGACACUGAUCAGCUGUUUGCAACUGAACUGAGAUAUGGACUGAAGUUCUCAGAUAAGCAGCCACCCCCUGAGCCUGGAGAUCUGAUUGAGUUUGUGCGCCUGUGGGGUAUCUACAGACACUGGGGAGUCUAUGUUGGAGAUGGCAACCUUGUGCACCUGCAAUCGGAUUUGGAUUCAAUAUUUACCUCAUUAUUUAAAACAACAUCUUCAUCUAGAGAUUUUAAUUCUGUAUUUACAUCAUUAUUUAACCCAGAGUCAUCAUUUAAAGAACAAUGGCAGGCAUUGACCAGUUCAAAGAAUUCAGUGGAUUUCAAGUUGUUAUUGGAUUCAGAAACUCCCAUUGAAGAGAAAAGGCUAAUGAUGGCUAAGGCAAUCAUUUUAGACAUAGAUGGAAAAAUACUUGAGGAACCUGUGGAAUCUGUGGCAAAUGGAAGCGUAUACCGUGUGAAUAACAGCUAUGAUAAAUACUAUAGACCCAGUAGGAGUGAAGACAUUGUUAAACUUGCGAAACAACAUGUUGGGCAAAAUAUGACUUAUAAUCUUGUUAAGUUUAACUGUGAGCACUUCUCUACACUUAUGAGAUACGGUGUGGCUUUCUCUAAACAGAUCGAUGACUGGAUGAAAGACCCGAUUUUCAAUAAACAAAUCUUCUCCAGUUUCGGGGACACCGAGGCUUCUCCACGAAACGCACCAACUCUUUCUAAUGGUCAGAAUCGUGUCCGACUUCGGCAUAACACUUUGACUCUUUGAGGCGUUGCUCAGGUUCUUAGACAAAAUGACAUCCCGCCCAGCCUCUUGUCUGCUGACACCAUGUGAUUCUUCAGCUCAACACUUUUACUGAUGCCAUAACUCUGAUCAUUUGCUCUUAUUAUGUACUAGACCUCAACUCUCUAUUCAGGACACACGAGGCAUUUAUAUUGAGUCUUGCCUAAAUAAAUAUAUAUAUAUAUACAUACAUACACACACACUUCUUUAGUGGCUCAUCAUUUGUAUAAUUUUCCGAUUUAUAUUGAUGAUGUCUUAAUGAUUUUUGUAAUGUAUUAAUAAUAUUUAAUUAUAAUGUAACUGGGCCCCACAGCAAAUUCAGUUUAGAGGCCCCCAACAUAUUC